AGGUCAUAGCCAUACAGUCUUCAGCAUUCUUCUAUUGUACAUGAACCGUUGGUGUCCGUUCUUAAUUUGUCUAUUUGCUGGAAACAAAACGAAGGGUCAAAUUCCUUCUUUUCCAGGGCCUAUAUAAUAAUGGACGGUCCGGAGCAGCAUGCCAGUGUCCGCUGAACCGUGCCGAUGAUGGGGCUCGAGUAUCACAUCGCGUAAUUCCAUUAUAACAGAUCUCCACGGUUGCUCGCUUGCUGUCUGCAGCACCCUCUUCUCCUCCAAAUUUCUCUCUAUUAAGAAAAAUGCCACUCUUCUCCAAUCCUAACCUUGUCAUGUCUCUGGUCUCUUGUAAACCCUAACAAUUCUAUACCAAUCGAAGGAAGCUUCAAAACCAGAUCUGCUGCAGAAGAGGAGAUGGCGUUCAUGGCUGUGCUCGAAUCUGAUCUGCGAGCUCUCUCUGCCGAGGCCCGUCGCAAGUUCCCUGCAGUCAAAGAUGGUGCUGAACACGCCAUCUUGAAGCUUCGUUCACUAUCGAGUCCUGGUGAAAUUGCACUUAAUGAGGACAUAUUGCGGAUUUUUUUGAUGGCUUGUGAGGUUAAGUCGGUGAAGCUAAGUGUUAUUGGGCUUGCCUGUUUGCAAAAGCUUAUAUCACAUGACGCUGUUGCCCCACCAGCUCUGAAAGAGAUACUCUCUACCCUGAAAGACCAUGCUGAAAUCUCAGACGAGAGUGUUCAACUUAAAACCCUGCAAACAAUAUUGAUAAUUUUCCAGUCACAUUUGCUCCCUGAAAAUGAGGAUAAUGUGGCUCAGGCACUUGGUAUCUGCCUCCGGCUCCUUGAAAAUAACCGUUCUUCUGACAGUGUGCGCAAUACUGCCGCAGCGACCUUCAGGCAAGCAGUUGCCUUGAUUUUUGAUCAUGUUGUUUGUGCUGAGUCACUCCCUGCUGGUAAAGUGGUUUCUGGAAAUCAUGUCUCUCGAACCAGCUCUAUCACCGAUGAAGUUAGUCGCAGGAUCAACCGUUCGAUGUCCUUGGAGGGUGACUUUGUAUCGGAAAGGUUAUCUGCAUUGCGGGAAGGACUAACUAAAGCGGGAAAACUUGGUCUCCGACUGCUUGAAGACCUGACAGCUCUUGCUGCAGGUGGAUCUGCGAUCUUGUUGCGAGUCACUUAUCUCCAUCGGACAUUUGCACUUGAUAUACUUGAGUUCAUUCUCUCCCAUUAUGUCGCUGUCUUCAGAACCUUGGUUUCAUAUGAACAGGUCUUACGCCACCAGAUAUGUUCACUUCUUAUGACAUCACUUCGUACCAAUGUUGAGCUUGAAGGUGAAGCAGGAGAGCCUUCUUUCCGUCGCUUGGUGUUGCGAUCAGUUGCACAUGUUAUCAGGCUUUAUAGUUUAUCCCUGGUCACUGAAUGCGAGGUUUUUCUCAGUAUGUUGGUAAAGGUUACUUCCCUUGAUUUGCCUCUGUGGCAUCGUAUUCUUGUUCUUGAAGUGUUGAGGGGCUUUUGUGUGGAGGUACGCACUAUGCGUCUUCUUUUCCAGAAUUUUGACAUGAACCCAAAAAACACUAACGUUGUGGAGAAUAUGGUUAAAGCACUUGCAAGAGUGGUUUCAAGUAUACAGGUUCCAGAUACAAGUGAGGAGAGCCUUGCAGCAGUUGCAGGAAUGUUUAGUAGCAAGGCUAAAGGAAUUGAAUGGAGUUUGGAUAAUGAUGCAUCUAAUGCUGCUGUUGUCGUUGCCAGUGAAGCUCAUGCAAUAACUUUGGCAGUUGAAGGCCUUCUGGGAGUUGUUUUUACUGUUGCUACUUUGACAGAUGAAGCUGUGGAUGUUGGUGAGAUUGAAUCCCCGAGGUGUGAUAGUGAUCCACCAGGAAAAUUCACUGGGCAAACUGCAGAUCUUUGUAUUGCAAUGGUUGAUUCAAUGUGGCUGACCAUUCUGGAUGCUUUAUCCCUAAUCUUAACAAGGUCUCAAGGAGAGGCUAUCAUAUUGGAAAUACUGAAAGGAUAUCAGGCAUUUACUCAGGCAUGCGGCGUUCUUCGCACUGUAGAACCACUAAACUCUUUUCUUGCAUCCCUCUGUAAAUUUACUAUCAGUUAUCCAAAUGAAGCUGAAAAACGAAGUGUUUUACUAUCUCCGGGGUCAAAGCGCUCUGAAGCUUUAGCUGAUCAGAGAGAUAACAUUGUUCUUACCCUAAAGAAUGUGCAGGCUUUGAGGACUCUUUUCAACAUAGCACACCGAUUACAUAAUGUUUUAGGUCCAUCCUGGGUUUUGGUGUUGGAAACUCUUGCUGCUCUAGAUCAAGCAAUCCAUUCUCCACAUGCUACAACACAGGAAGUCUCUACCACUGUUCCUAGGUUUACAAAGGAAACAUCUGGACAAUACAGUGACUUCAAUAUCCUUUCUUCUUUGAAUUCUCAACUGUUCGAAAGCUCAGCACUGAUGCACUUAUCUGCAGUAAAGUCACUUCUUUCUGCACUGCAUCAGUUAUCUAAUCAAUGCAUCUCCGGAAAUUUCAGUGGCUCAGGGCAGACUUUGGGCCAACAAAUUGGAAGCAUCACAUUUGCUGUGGAAAGAAUGAUUUCAAUACUACUAAACAAUCUGCACAGGGUAGAGCCUUUGUGGGAUCAAGUCGUUGGCCAUCUUCUUGAGCUUUCGGAGAACUCCAAUCCACAAUUACGAAAUAUGGCUCUUGAUGCAUUAGAUCAAUCUAUUUGUGCUGUCUUAGGUUCUGACCGAUUUCAAAGCACCAGAAACCAUUUUGCAGAUGACAAUAUGGAAAUUAUGCGUACGGACUUGAGAUCAUUUGAAUGUUCUAUAAUAUCUCCACUAAGGGUCCUUUAUAAGUCUACUCAAAACCCUGAUGUCCAUGCUGGAUCAUUGAAAAUUCUGCUUCAUGUUUUAGAGAGACAUGGAGAGAAGUUAUACUACAGUUGGCUCAAUAUUCUUGAAAUGUUGAGGUCAGUCGCUGAUGCAUCAGAGAAGGAUCUUAUCCCAUUGGGGUUCCAGAGUGUUCGUGUUAUCAUGAAUGAUGGACUGUCAACAAUACCUUCAGAUUGCCUUGAUGUAUGUGUAGAAGUCACUGGAGCAUACAGUUCACAAAAGACAGAGUUAAAUAUAAGCUUGACAGCAAUAGGGCUCCUCUGGACCGCAACCGAUUUUAUUGCCCGAGGGUUGGUUCAUGUGCAUAAUGAGGAAAAGGAACCAGGUGCGCCAUCUGAUAUUCAAGCUAGUCCAAGGCAGAAAGAUCGUGGUGAAAAGUUUCAAGAUCAACAGACUGCCCAUACUAACAAUGAAGUUCACGACCAAGUUUCCAUGAUAAACACAAUUGAUCGGGAUAGGUUGCUACUUCUAGUUUUCUCCAUUCUUCAGAAACUAGGAGCAGAUGAAAGACCAGAGGUGAGGAACUCAGCAAUCCGAACACUUUUUCAAACUCUCGGAAGCCAUGGGCAGAAACUUUCGAGCAGCAUGUGGCAAGAUUGCCUUUGGAAUUAUGUUUUUCCUAUUUUAGAUCGUGUUAAUCACUUGGCAGCAACUUCGUCCAAAGAUGAAUGGCAAGGGAAAGAACUGGGAACACGAGGAGGAAAAGCAGUUCAUAUGCUUAUUCAUCAUAGUCGUAAUACUGCCCAUAAACAAUGGGAUGAGACACUUGUAUUGGUUUUAGGCGGAAUAUCACGUCUUCUUCGUUCAUUUUUUCCAUUUCUUCAGAGUUUAAACAAUUUCUGGGCAGGGUGGGAAUCUUUACUUAUUUUUGUUAGAAAUAGUAUUUCAAAUGGUAGUAAAGAGGUUGCUCUUGCAGCAAUUAACUGUUUACAGACGACUGUUGUUUCUCAUUGCCCAAAGGGAAACCUGCCCAUGCCUUAUCUGAAAUCAGUGCUGGAUGUUUAUGACGUUGUACUUAAGCGAUCUCCAAACUAUAGGAGUAAUGCUGUUAGCAAGGUGAAGCAGGAGUUAUUGCAUAGUCUUGGAAACCUAUAUGUGCAAGCGCAGACAAUGUUUAACAAUGAUAUGUACCUGCAAUUACUAGAGAUCGUUAAUUUAGCAGUCAGACAGCCCAAGAGUACGAGUGAUAAUGUGGACACUGAAUUUGGAAAUGUUCCACUUGUGCAGCGUACAAUGCUGGAGAUAUUACCACUACUUCGUCCAACUGAGCACAUAUCUUCAAUGUGGUCCCACCUUCUCCGGGAGUUGUUACACUACCUCCCUGGAUCAGAAACUAUUCUAGAUGAACAAGAAGAUAUGGAACAAUCUAGUGGUAUAAAUCAUAAACCAAAAGGUGUAGAAAUGGCAUCUCACCGAGAUAUUAAUUCAUUUUCAGAAACAGACAGAGUUGAGAUUUCCAAAAAUAUGGCCAGAGAAACUCAGGAGACAAUGAAGUUCAGCUUUCCUAAUGGUGCUAUGGUUCCUUACUCUCUGUCCGUCAUGACUAAUGAUAAAAUGGACUUCUCAAGUCAUUUAUUUGGGGAGAAGCUUGUACCUAUUCUGGUGAACCUUUUCCUACAGUCUCCUGCUUCUGAAAAGUGUAAUGUAUUCCCUGAAAUUAUUCAAGGUCUUGGAAGGUGUAUGAGUACACGAAGAGACAAUCCAGACGGUGCACUCUGGAGAUUAGCUGUUGAAGGCUUCAACUGUGUCCUGGUUGAUGACGUGAGUAGACUAAACAUGGAUCAAGGAAUAGAUCCACCUGCCAGAACACGGAUGUGGAAAGAAGUUGCAGAUGUUUAUGAAAUAUUCCUCAUGGGUUCUUGCGGGCGCGCUCUUCCUUCUGAUGCUCUCUCACCUGCUGCACUCAAGGCCGAUGAGCUUCUUGAGAUGACUGUUUUGAAUGUUCUAGGUGAUAAUAUUCUCAAGAAGCAAAUUGAUGCUCCUAUUGAUAUUUUGCAACGCUUAGUUUCAACUCUUGAUCGUUGUGCAUCUCGGACAAGCUGUUUACCUGUUGAGACUGUUGGACUAAUGCCUUCACACUGUAGCAGAUUUUCUUUGACAUGCUUACAGAAGAUAUUUUCUUUGUGCAGCUAUACUUUUGGAGGUGACUGGAACUCAACAAGAUCCGAAGUCAGCAAAGUCUCAAUCGUGGUGCUUAUGAACAGAUGUGAAUAUAUACUAAAACAAUUUCUGAUUGAUGAAAAUGACCUAGGUGAACGGCUGUUACCAACGGUUAGACUUGAAGAAAUGAUUUACGUCCUUCAGGAGCUAGCACGGUUGGUUAUUCAUACUGACACAGCUUCUGUCCUCCCUUUACAACCAUAUUUGAAGGAAUCCCUCGUAAGAAAUGAGAAUCAUGAUGGGCGUGCACACCUCCUCGUCCUGCUUCCUGCAUUUUGUGAGCUCGUUAUCUCGAGGGAAGCGAGAGUAAGAGAGCUCGUGCAAGUAUUACUUAGACUGAUAACAGCAGAGCUGGGGCUGCAAAAGGUAAGGAUGGCUGGUUGACAUUGCAGAAGAAGGCCAUUAGAUCCUGUUGGAGAACUCAUCUUUGUAAAGUAUGAUCCAUUUCUGUGUCUAAUGAAGUUUGCUGAGGAGCAUCCAUUUCCAUCUUUCAGCAGAACAAAGUGAGUGUGAAUAGUGUUCAUCAUAUGGCAAGGUCUUGAUAUGGUAUUAUGGCCAACCCUGCCUGUUGUACUUCUAGAAUAAUGAUUAGAGCCAUGAGUAGCUUUCAUUAUUUUCA